AUGUCUUCCGCGCGAGGCGCUACGGGCGCCGUUAAACCUAAACUACACAACGUAAACAACGUCUACGCAGGAAAAAAUCAGAACGCCGUCAAGGCGCCCGGUGUGGGCAAGCAUGGUGGGCUGCAGAGUCUUGGAAAACCAGCGGCAGUGGUACGUCGUAUGCCUCCACCGGCUACACUACCUUCACUAAGAGCUGAAAGUCAAGGACAAGAUCCAAAUAUUGCAAUAGUACCACAGGGUGGUACUGGUUGGGCUAAAGGAGAUACAAAUAUAACAAAUGGGCAAACAGCGGAUUUAAAAUCGGCGGCGAAGUCAUCAAGUUCAACAGGAUCUACAGCAGUAUCAAAUACAUUAGGCAGUGGAUUAAGUAGCGGUAGCGGACUGCAUACUACUGACCUAAGACCAACAUGGGCGAAACAGUCAAAUGUUGCAGAAAUGCAACCUGCAGCACAGCAGAAUGUGAGUGCAGUAUCAACCUCAUCACGAGAUUUCCCAUCACUUGCCGCUGCUACAGCAGCUACGGGGAAACAAGCGAGCAACGUGUUAAGCGAAAGUCUCAAACCUCAAAGAAAAAACCGUCUGCUUACAGAAUCCGGAAGUUGGCGAGCUGGAGGCAGUUCAACAUCAUUGAAAAACGAGAACGAUCUACAGGUAACGACACCAAAUUCGCAUUUGGUUUCGACUUAUCCGUUUGUUACUGCAGUUGCACGUAUCACAGAAAGACAAUUACCAUCUCGUUAUUACGAUACCAUGGCAUUGCCACCUCCACCACCUCCAAAUGGCUCAUUCCAAUUACCAAAAUUGCAGCCAACUUUAGCUCUUACGUGCUCUGGUCCUCUAGAUAUUUCGAGCAGUCAUGCGUCGCACUUGGGUUUGUUUAUUAUGACUUGCUUAGGCUCCACAAGUGCUUCAUCGCCGAUGCACCAUUAUUCAUCGAAUGUUGCUGUCUUACCGCCCAAUUACUCUCGACCGCCUCCCAAUUAUGUUCCAACACAGCCAGAUUCAGUGCGAAGCGGGUCAGGUUACGGUGCGCAAUCAAAAUUUGCAGAAAACGAAGCAGAUGGAAAGCAAGCUCAGCAGAAAAGUGGACUUGGCGACGAAGGUUGCAAUGGCCAGUUUUUUGCAGAAAAAAUAAAUGGUGUCAAAGAUGGUGCCGUACUCGAAACUACUCAGCUGUUAUCAAAUGAUGUGCAGUCAAAUUAUUCUCGUCGAAUAAUCUCUGACAAUCGGAUUUUCAGAAGUGUUGAUUUCGAUGACUUCACCUCUCGAUGUAAGAUUGAAUGGCAAGGUGCUUCGGAGAGCAAUAAUGAUGAAGAAGCAAAUAAGUGGCUGAGCACUGCUCAUGUGGACGGUAGUAGUGGUCAAGAUCCACAGUAUGGUUCGGAGUUUUCAUUGAAUGGUUGUACUCGAGAUAGAGAUGAAGAGUUAGGUCGAAGGCAAAAUAUUGAGCGAGAAGCAGCUAUUGAACGUUCACGUCAAAAAAGACGCAUGGCCAGUCAAAGCUCAGCGUUAUCUGAGAGCGAAGCUGGUAGUGUACCGUCCGGUUAUGGAUCUGUCAGAAUGAUGAGCGCCUAUGAAAAUGAUUCAUAUCCUGAUUUUGAACAGUCAACUCGUGCUAGUUCUGGAAUGCAGAAAAUCAGUGAUGAUUCGGUGGAUCGAACUGGAGAAUGUUGGAAUGCUUUGAAUAGUAUAUGCGAUGAGCAAGAGUCGACGCAACGAGCUGAAUUUCGAAUGUUAAAACGUCCAGAAAGUAAAGGAGAUAUCUCACAGCAGCUAUCUCAGUUAAGUGUAACAGAUAGUCCAAUAAAUGAAGACGAAGAUGAAGAACUGCAAUUGACAAAGCUUUCACGGCCUGCAACAAAGAUUAUCAAACGAAUGGCUCCUGGAAGUGACAGAACCAGUCAGUCAUCUCAGACUGUAACUUCACAAACACAGCGUAAAUCAGCGCAUCAGCAGCAUAAAAAUGUAGACAGAAGGACUGAUGAUUCACGUAGUGGUCAGACUUUGUUCCGCCGCGAAAAGGUUGAAAGUAGUCAGUCGGACGAGUGGGCUGUUCAUAAGCAAAAAAAUUCAUUAGUUAUCGUGGGACAAGAUGUAACGGAAGAUGCACGUGUUGUAAAUCUGGCACAUAAAUUGAUAGCGCCGCUACCUGCAGAUAAUGUGUGGGAGAAACGUGCCGAGGAGCGUGAAAGUGCAGAACGGGAACAACGUGCCACACAAUUAGAAGUCUUACAUCAAAUUGAUUUGCAGCAGCAGCUCCCUGUGACUGAUGAACAGUCAGAUGCAAGAACGGACGGAUUGGUGGAAGAUAUGUUAGCUUCAAGGCGUAAUGUAAAUGCUUAUGCAAGAACCGAGCACUUACAUAACAGAAAAAUUGCCAAUAGAACUCGAAAUCGAGAUACUCAAAAAUGGGUAGAGAAAAAAUAUAACUACCAGCAGCGUAGCGAUUUGAGCACUACCAACUAUUUUUCGCCUGAGGAGAGUGGGAAUGUAGGGACAGAUGGUAGCAGUGGGAUUUUUCGUGGUCAGCGAGAAUUUGUAAAUUCGAAAGUUCAUCGUUCUGGACGUGGUUCCUCACUCGUAAAUUCUCGUAGCGGUAGAGGCUAUGGUCGUGGUAGCUUUUUAGGAAUGCGUCGUGGUGGUAGUAUGCCGCAUCAGAAUCAUAGCGCUGAGCAAGUACGUCGUCCUCAAAAUAGAUAUCGGAAUCAACAUCGUGUCAAUUGUCAAGAACCAGAGGAAGAUAACUUUUCAAACAUGGGAGAAUUUCGUGUCGAAGAUACAUAUCUAAAUACGGCUGUGGUCAAUGAACCUUUGGUAGAAGAUAAAGCAGAUGACGAACUCUCUGGCACUGCAGCAGUACAUAAAGAGGAGCGUCAUACGCCAAAUAAAAGUGUCAGUCGUCAAAGUGGUACUCAUAGAAGCGCUCAACAGUUGUAUGAGCCUAAGAAGCGUCAAGAAUAUGGUCGCAUAGGGAAAAGAGGUGGUCGCAUCGUUCCAGCGAAAAUUGAUGUUAUACGCACUAGUGAUGUGCGUGCAGUUGAUGCCUACCAAAAUCCGCCUGAAAGGGGAAAACGGAAAAAGGCUAAUGAUGAAAACAGAGGAUUAGAAAAUGAUGGUUCACGCAGUAAUGAAUUAUGUAUACGAGGAGGACGAACAGCGCAGAAUACCCGUGGAUCCAGAAAUGCUGAUGUGCACCAAGCUAAAACUCAUAACGCUAAUGUGGCGGAUGGUUUUACCGAACGCACUGUUUAUUUGAAAUCACCUGUGACUUCGGAAGGACAUGAGGAAUGGGAAACAGCUUCGGAAAGUAGUGAUAUAGCUGAUCGACAGAAACAUAUGCGACGACCGAAUGUGCUACCAAAAUAUAGCAAUUCACGUAGAACCAUGCGUUCGAGUAAUGGGCAUCGUGACAGCACCGGUACUGCGCCUAUUCGUACUGCAAUCAACUCAAAAAACGUGAAACCCGCCAGCACUACGUCGCACGUGGUCGCCCGCAGCGCCCAAUUAGCAAAAGAAGAAGCAGCGCAGAUAACACAGGGUGAAGCAACACGAAAGUCAGACACCUGCAAAGACGGGCUGGCGGGAGUCGACAUCAAUAAUGCAGGUGUGAUCGUCAUAGAUGAUCGUCCAGACAGACAAGUGGAUGAUACUGCUGAAAAUAAUGAUGAUUUUGAAGAAGUAUUGUCUAAAAAAAGUCGGAAACUUCGGCAGCAACAAAUUAAUGUACAAAUUGAAGCAGAAGAACGUAGAAAGUUGAAAGAAAAGGAAAAAAUCGAACGAAGAAAAGUGAAAUUGUUAGCAAAACGCACAGAAAAGAAAUUGGCGAUAAAAGAUAUCAGGACACUUAAAGCCGGUGCUAAUGCAAGUAGUGAAAAUGAUACAAAGUAUGGUACAACAAAUACAGUUAGCCAUGAAGUCAAAGAUGUUAAUCAGAGUAUCAAUCGUCUUAGUUUGGCGAGUUCACAAAACACUUUAAACACAACUGUUUGGAACAGUUCGAUUAUACGAGAGCAAGCGACAAAUCAUUCACCACCUGUUGAAAACCGUCCUGUAAUUCCGUCGCCAAUAGCACGCCCCACUCCGAAAGGAGUCAUUUCUUCGCUCUCAAAUAGUUCUCUGAAAAAAGAAACUUUAUGGAAUGGAACAGAGGAAGGACAUCAUGUUACUCAAAGUGUUUGUUUUUGUAAUAUUUCAGUAAAAGGUCCAGAUGAAAGUGAUUAUGAGGCAAUUUCGGAAGGUCCAGUAAAGAAAGGUACUGUGGAAUUCGCCACCAAUUUCAGUACGACCUCCUCAGUACGGAGAGAAAACAGACAAUAUGACUUUACAUUUGAUUCUUCGUUGCAAAAUAACGUGCAAGCCUUGAAGGGACCAUCGAAAGAAACUUUCUUGUCGAAAACUGAUGAUACUUCAUCUUUAGCAAAGGUUGACAUUGAAUCAAAUGAUGAUGAUUGCCUUAAGCAAAGAUUGGAUAAAGUAAAGGAUUUCUGGCCAGGUCAGCAACAAUUUGCUAAUAAUUUACUUGGAAAUGCAAACGAAAAUUCUGGAAUAACACCAUUAGUCACUGAUAAAGGUGGACCAGCUAAUAAUGUUGGGGUUUCAUCAGUGCCGCAUGGACCAAAUGUUGCAAAGGUACGACCUCAGCCUCAGGCUAGUGAACAAGUAUCAAGUGGUGCUGUAGCAAACCUAAAAGAAACAAGUUCAUCAACUCCAUUUGUUUCACUUUUACCGCCACCUUCCCCUAUAGCUUGCUUGCCACCUGGAACUUAUUUGCAAUCUCUGACGCAGGUUCCACCUCCUGCACCUUUUCCUCAUUAUUCUGUGAUGUUCGGUGAACCAUAUAACCCAAAUUCAAAUUCGUCCACUGCAUCUUCUGCACCGGCACUUAUUGGAAAUGCUGUAUCAGCAAGUCAAGCGCAGACAACUCGUUCACGACCUGCUUCAUUUGUUGAGCAGUCGCAGCUUUUUAUUCACCCUCCUCCUAAUGGUGCUGCGGGAAGUAAUAUAACAUGGUCGAAUUCUAGUCCUCAGAUUGAAUUGCUCGCUAGAAUUAGUGCCACACCUCCUCUUCCAUCUCAAGCUGUCAGUUCUGUGCAACGCUUUCAAGUUAAUCCGCCUCGUUCAACUUCUUCCUUUGGUCCUGUACCCUCAAUUUUGAGCAACAAUGGUAAGAUUCCACAUUUAGGACGACCUCCGCCACAUACUCAUCAAGUUCCUCCGCCAUUACACCCACCCCAUAGUUUCAUGGCUCCUCCUCCUGAUUUUGUGUCUUUACAAAACACCAAUUUGAAUUCGAUUGGUAACCAGCAUAGUAGUGAAGCACAAAAUACAGCGAGCAGUCUCUUAUCUAGAAAUGCAAAUGGUGUUAUCGGACAAAUUCCACAUUUGCAACAGGCAUUAAAUUUUUCGCAGCCAUCUCAAACAGGGUAUUCCAUGUCAGCAGCUGGAAAUUUUAGUCAAACACCGCAACUCCAUCCGUUUACAGCCCCUCCACCACCAAUACGAUAUCCCGCAGUUCCGCCACAGCUUUCUAACAAUGAAGGAAAUGGCGUAAUGGCACCUGGUUGGGCCAGAGCACAGACAUUAUCUUUCAAGUAUCCAAGUAAUGCUGUUCUUCCUGUGAGUCGUCCCGCACUUUCACGUUUGCAAGCAUCGGAUCGUUGGGUAGUACCAGUGAGUCUGCCUAUGCAGCAAUAUCAUGGUAUACAAAAUUACCAGGUUUUUUUUGCCUCUAAAGGUGCUUGUCUCCAUUCAAAGCAGAUUUGCUGGAGAUCUAAUCACCAUAAUGUUAGUAAGGAUGGUAGUGACGUAAUGAUUCACAGCAGCUUUCAAAGAACGCUUGUAAACAAUACGCGAAUUCAGACGCCUGAAGACACCAGCAUACGUGCGAAUUCGGUUUCAAGUAUUUCUGCUUCUGGUGGUACUACGGAAUCAUUGGAUAUAAGUUCAAAUCGACGAAAGAAGACGGCUAAAGUUUAA